AUGGACAACUGGACCAAUAAACCUGGAUACCCUGUUGUAACCGUAACCCUAUCUUCGAAUAGAAUAGAAAUACAGCAGAACAUAUUCUCCUUCCAUAAUAGACUCAUCACAACCGACUACUACUGGAUCCCGAUCACCGUAGCGACUUCUUCUAAACCUGACUUUACAACAACAUGGACAAAUAUUUGGCUUGGACCGCAAUCCAAGACCAUUUAUCUGGACGAAUCUGAGGACUGGGUACUCGUGAACGUUCAGCAAAGCGGCUUUUAUCGCGUUCAAUACAGUUAUGAAUUACGGAAGAGGCUAAUCAAGGCGCUAAGCACAAUAAAUUACGGUGGCAUCCAUGUGACAAACCGCGCCCAAAUCGUCGACGACUCUUUGAAUUUGGCUCGUGCGGGUUGUAACCAUGUGAUAUGUAUCUCAUAUUGGGAAGUAUUCGAAUACGUGACCUAUCUGAAAAGCGAAAAAGAAUACCUGCCGUGGAAAGCGUUCUUCAAUGGAAUUAGUUAUCUGCUUCAACGAUCCGAUGGACAUCUGGCUUACGAUCCACUUAAAGCCUAUAUUCGAUACUUGGCGUCGAAUAUGUACAAGUCACUCGGUUUCGUGGAUGACGAGUCAGACAACCAUCAAAG